AUGUGGCCAAAUCCAGAACUCAAGAGGACUUCCAAGGGUCAGCCAAAGUCUAGCAGGAUUAGAACAAAGAUGGAUAUUAGAGAACAACAUAAUCGUGCACAAGCAAUUGGAGAUGGAGGAACUAACUACAUCUUGGAGAAUUUAAAGAUGAAGUUUGUGUAUGAUUACAUGUUUCAUCUCUUAAAUAGUUAUGCAAAACUAUUGAAAUUCAAACCAACCAUACCCCCAGGAGCUGUUGAGUUUUGUCCUGAAAGCAUGGCAUGUUCCCUCCGUGGUCUAAGGAAACGAUUUUUGGUCGAGUCAAUGGUGACAUCACCAAGUGAUACACCUCCAUGCACAAUGCCUCCUCCUUAUACACCCCAAACUCUCGAACAGUUUCUGCAGGAAAAGGAAAAUCUGAUGGAACAAGUGAAGACUAGGAAGAUCAAUACAACGCAAUAG